AUGGCCGCCGUCUCGCUGCUCAACGUUGCUGUGCGCAACAACCCUGCCCCCUUCACCUCACCCUACGAGUUCGAGAUCACCUUCGAAUGUCUCGAGAAGUUGGACAAGGACCUGGAGUGGAAGCUCACCUAUGUCGGCUCUGCUACCUCCUCUGAGUACGACCAGGAGCUCGACUCUCUCCUUGUUGGCCCCAUCCCUGUCGGUGUCAACAACGACAUCCUCGGCGUCACCGUCAUCCUCUUGACCUGCAGCUACGACGGUCGCGAGUUCGUCCGUGUUGGAUACUACGUCAACAAUGAGUACACCGAUGAGGCACUGAUUGCCGAACCUCCUGCCAAGGCUGUCGUCGAGAAGGUCCGUCGCAGCAUCCUCGCCGAGAAGCCCCGUGUCACCCGCUUCGCCAUCAAGGAAGAUGACGAGGCCGCUUACGGUGCUGAGGAGCUUGAGGAGGACGAAGUCGAAGUUGAGGGCGAGCCCGAAGUCAAGGAGGGUGAAGACGCUGAGAUGGCCGAGGCCAACCCUGUUGAACAACCCAAGGAGGAAGACGAAGUCUCAGAUGCUGGCAGCGAGGACAUCGAAGCCGAGAGCAGCGCCAGCGAAGAUGAGGACGAAGAGGAGGAGGAAGGUGAAGGUGAAGCCGAGGGAGAGGCUGCCGAUGAGAUGGAAACUGACAAUGCUGCCCCUGCUACUGAGAACCCCCAGCCUCCUCAGCAGCAGGGCGAUGUCAUGGUCCACUAG